AGAUUACAACGUGAAAUAAUCACUAUAAGAGGAAUUCCACCAAGUUUGCCUAUUCCUAUACCAAUUAGAUCAGGAUUAGGGAGUCAACUUGAUGGUCAAUUACAUUCAAAUAAUGGUAUGUCAACUCCGUAUAUCACACCUUUCGUACCACCGAAUGUCAAUUGCCCAGCGGGUUCUCUACAACAAAAAAAUGAAGUAUCCAAGGAAUAUGAUUUAACGGGAAGCAAUAUUACAAAACGGAAAUACUGCCGUCACCCAAAACAAGACAAAAAUGCGCCUGUAAAACCACCUUCUGCCUAUGUCAUGUUUGCUCAUAAAGUCCGUGAAACAUAUCAAGGAAAAGGUAUUUCUUUCGCUGAUAUGGCAAAGAUUGUAGGUGAUCACUGGAAAAAUAUUCCUCCAAAAGAAAAAGAAGAAAUGGAAAUUACAGCUUUAAAAGCUAAAGAGGAAUAUCAAAUUGCUUUAUCAGAGUAUAAAACGACAAAACAAUGGAAACAAUAUCAAGAAUAUUUAAAGAAUUUCAAAGAGACGAAUGAACAAAGUUCGCGUAAGAAGCCUAAAACAGAAACUUUGAACAACGAGACCACAUUUUCGAGUUAUUCACGACCUAACUCUAACUUUGGAUAUCCGUUACCGUUUUCUACAACUUAUAGUUCGGAAGAC